CUAGGAACCGCUACCGGCGCCUCAGUCGCCUCAAUCGCUUCAGUCGUUUCAGUCGCUUCAGUCUCUUCAGACUUCUCAGACUCAGUCGCCUCAGGCUCCUCCGCCACCUUCCGGAUCACCCCGUCUCCACUCCUGACCCCGGCCGGGCCUCCCGCGGGCUGGCCCGUGGGCACGCUCUCGGGCUGUGUACAGAGAGAGAGAAGAUCUUCACAUGGUUCCAUGUAGGUGAGCUUCAAGACAAAAGUCAGGCCUUCUGUAAAUCACCAGUUCCAGUUAUGAUGCUCUAAGUUACAACAAGUCUGAACAUUUGUGUCUAUGGAUCUGCUCUGACUCUUAGAGCUGCUUAUGGGGGAAGACCUUCAUCCUGCCAUUUUGUAAAGAAUGCUGGGUGGGGAAUCUGAAGAGCUGGGUCUGUUGUCAGCUUCUUUACUGGUUACCUGUGAGUGAGCACUAGCCACGUGCAUAGUCCUGUGCUAAGCAAUACACAUUGGCCUGGCCCUGCUGACAGCCCUAGUAUGCAUGAGUGUGUGUGUCUGGGGGUGCAGGAGUAUGUGUGCAGGAGAGUAUGUAUGUAUGGGUGCAGGAACAUGUGCAAGAAUGUGUGCAUGUGUGCAGAGCAUGUGUGUGGGAAUGAGCAUGCAUGUGUACAGAAGCUUGUGAGCACAUGUACAGUAUCAUGUGUGCAGGAGCAUGUGUGCCAGUAUCUAUGAGAGUGUGUCAGAAACACAUAGAAGCAUGAGUGCAUGCUUGCAGGAGUGUAUGUGCUUGUGUGUUCUGAUAUAAGGAUGCAUGUGCAUUUGCACAGGAGCGUGUGUGCAUGAGUGUGGGUGGAGCGUGUGCACAGGAGCAUGUGUGCCUCUAUGCUAGUGUGCACGUAUGCAGGAGUGUGUGUUUUUUGUGCUGCUGUACAGUCCACCCAAAGGUCCACAUUCUCCCUAAUGGGUCUCAAAGUUCUGAGCCUGCAGGACUGACUUUCUCUGGCCUGCUUCUACCUAUAAAACGAGACCUCAGAGGUUCCUUCUGCAGCUCAUGUGCCUUGGCCCUCUCGAACCCAGUUCUAGAUUAUUCGUCCACGUGUAUUACAUUAAGAGGCACUGCCAAAGUGUUAAGAGUACACCUGAGAUUGUUUUAUUAACCUAUGGCCACAGCAGCGGCCACAGGGAGUCUGCUUCAAGCUGUUUCAUGUGUUAACCCAGAUUCCCAACACAAACAUUAGAAAGGUUCUGAGUUAACGUACCCCCUGGGUGCAUGUGCAUCUUAAAAAUAACAAGACUUAACAAGGACCCCCUCAUUAACUCUCUGAAGGUUCACCAGUCUUCUCAGCACCAGCUGCCUUGCCCACCCUGCCUAGAGGCUGCCUGUCCAGUUUUGGUGUUUUUUGAAUUGCAGUUCAGCAUUUUUAAUCCCAUGGUGCUUGACCCAAUUCCAUAAGCCUUGUCCUAUGCUGUUGUGAUCUUUGCUUUGUUCUUCUUUCCAUGGAGGAAGGUUAAAACCAUUUCAGCCUGCAGGUGCCUGUGUCGGCUGCACGUCAGUGACUGGUCACAGAAGACUGCCAGUGUGCUCUGGGUUUGGAGAGGAGCCUAAGGAAAUGGCUCCUUUCACACAACUGGUGUGUCCCAGGGCUGUGGUCAAGAGUGAGGCUGGUUAUGGAAACCGGAGCUGGGGCUGACCAGAGUUCUUCUGGUACAUGGUGGAGGAUGGGCUGGGAACACCCCCAGGCCAGGAGCCAGGAGCCGAAGGGGAUCCCUGCUGGGCUUUGUGUUUCCUGUCUAGCCUGCGCACAUUCAAAAGAGCCGCAUUGCUUAUUGUCUGCCCUCGGCCUGGCCACAUUUGCCAAGUACCCAUGUGCUCCUUGGUAAGCAUAUCACCCCAUGUAUGCCCAGGACAUGGCCACACAAGUAAUGAGUGGAAUCCACUAAGACAGAAAACCCACAACUAUGGAGGAGAUGACUGACCACUUAGCCCAACUCAUUCCAAUGAACACAAAGCGACUGAGCACCCAGAGCUGGCCAACCCCCCAGGGGUGUAGUGCUCACAGUGUGCUUCCUCUGCCCUCUCAUCGUACCCCUUCUUCUCCUCCCCUCCCCUCUCCACUGAUGGUACUCCCCCUACCCUUGAAAUUGCCUGUACUCACAUCCUUAGUUCUCCCUCGGCCUUGUCCCUCUUAGCAGCAUUCCGCUUACUUAGUGGUAGCUUGUAUGCCCCUGGGCCCUAGAUGCCACCACCCCCCAUCUUUCCUCAACCUGUGGGCCAUGUUUCCUCUUCUCCUUUGUGGUCCCUGCACCCUUAGCUCCUCCUCUUCUGCUGGUGACCUGGUCCUUCAUGUCCCUUCUGCAUGCUGCUUUCUUUCCUCUCAUCUCUUCAGGGGUUUGGCUUUUGCCUUGCUGCCCGUCUGUUUCCACUACACAUGAACAGGUGGGCAUGCCCUUUGGCACCACAACCACUUGCAGUAACCACCCGUCUCUGUCCCUUUGACAACUGGCCUUGCUGUCACCACUUGUUCACCUUACACAAGACCUGCCUUAUCAAGGACCACAGAGCUGCCCCGACCAGACCCAAAGGUGACACCAUCUGGGCCCCAUCUGUCCUUCCUCACAGCACCCUUGGCACCUUAACCUACCACCCCCAGCUGCAUUUUGGGAGAAAGAUGGAGUCCAAGGUCUCAGAAGGUGGCCUGAACGUGACCCUGACGAUCCGCUUGCUAAUGCAUGGAAAGGAAGUUGGAAGUAUCAUCGGGAAGAAAGGAGAAACUGUGAAAAAGAUGCGUGAAGAGAGUGGUGCCCGGAUCAACAUCUCAGAGGGAAACUGCCCAGAAAGAAUCGUGACCAUCACAGGCCCAACUGACGCCAUCUUCAAGGCCUUUGCCAUGAUCGCCUACAAGUUUGAGGAGGACAUCAUCAACUCCAUGAGCAACAGCCCUGCCACCAGCAAGCCCCCAGUGACGCUGAGAUUGGUGGUCCCUGCCAGCCAGUGCGGUUCCCUGAUUGGCAAAGGAGGCUCCAAGAUCAAGGAGAUCAGGGAGUCCACAGGUGCCCAGGUCCAGGUGGCCGGGGACAUGCUGCCCAACUCCACAGAGCGGGCAGUGACCAUCUCAGGAACUCCCGACGCUAUCAUCCAGUGUGUCAAGCAGAUCUGUGUGGUCAUGCUGGAGUCCCCACCGAAAGGUGCCACCAUUCCCUACCGCCCAAAGCCCGCCUCCACCCCUGUCAUUUUUGCAGGUGGUCAGGCCUACACGAUCCAGGGACAGUACGCCAUCCCACACCCAGAUCAGUUGACCAAGCUCCACCAGUUGGCCAUGCAGCAAACCCCCUUUCCUCCCCUCGGACAGACCAACCCCGCUUUCCCCGGAGAAAAGCUGCCUUUACACUCCUCCGAAGAAGCUCAAAAUCUGAUGGGCCCGUCGUCAGGUCUGGAUGCCAGCCCCCCGGCCAGCACUCAUGAGCUCACCAUUCCCAAUGAUCUAAUAGGCUGUAUAAUUGGACGCCAAGGGACCAAAAUCAAUGAAAUUCGACAGAUGUCUGGAGCUCAGAUCAAAAUUGCCAAUGCCACAGAAGGGUCAUCGGAGCGCCAGAUCACCAUCACAGGGACCCCAGCCAACAUCAGCCUUGCUCAGUACCUCAUCAAUGCCAGGCUGACGUCUGAGGUCACUGGGAUGGGCGCGCUCUAAUCCUGUCCAGCAUCCUCCACACCGCGAACCCUGGCGUCCACGUGGUUCACGUACCCUGUACAGACAGCCCACCCUUUGUCACAAAUACAAAUAGAGGUUUUCUUUACUAACAAAAUGGUCUAUGCCAUAGAGGUACACAUGCCGACAAAGCAAGUCUAUAUCUACAGCUGCCUGUGAGCUGCAGGCCCGUCCCUGACUCCGCUCAUUCAAUAACCUCUGCUCCAGUCUGCUCACACGUCCGCAUGCAGUGCUUAUUAUGUUCAAUGCUUGGGGGCGUUCCCAUCUGUAACAUUUUAGAAAUAUUGUUCCUUAGUGUCAGUGUAACUGUUUUAAAAGUUGGUUUAACAUUUUGACAGCACAUCCUAUAAGCCAUCCUCUCCUCAACCAUCUAGACCUGUGGCUGCCCCUCUCUCACCUGGCCCCACCUGCUGACUUUGUUUCCCCUCGCAGCCUUGCUUGUCUUGGCCCAUGUGUCCAUGCAGGUCUUGUGUUGGGGUUAGGCUGUGCCCUUCCCCUUUUUCUUAGGGAAGGAAAAGUGGGUGCCAGGUCCUGAUCUGAGAAGUGGGGUGAAGAGAGGGGUGCUAGGCUCUGAUUUCACAGAGAUGUCAUGUGUAGGGGGCCACAUAUAAGCCCUGGGUGGCUUCCUGGGUCGCUGGAGGGCGUGGACUGGCCAGGAAGCACCUCUGCACCAUGUCCAAGUUCAAUAAAUGUCGUGGGCUGCCCCCACUGGCUCUGGCUUCUCUCUGUGCCCCUUGCUCAGACCCCCCUCGCUCAGAACCCCCUCGUAUGCACGUACAUGUGCUCAUGUGCCUAGUCACACACCCAUGAGAUCUGGCCCUACAGCCACCAGCUGUCUAACAAAUCUGAUUCUUUCUCACACAAAUUAAGACCUUGUCCCCUACCUCCCGACCCUUUCUUAAUUGUUUGACUUGCACAGGUCUUUCUAGUUGUACUUUUGCAAAAUUACAUAAAUGACAAUAGUGAAAACUCCAUUUUGGCCCUGUUUCCAAAAUGCCAGUUUCUAACUUGUGGGACUAGUUCUCCCACUGUCUUU